CUGGGACGAUCGUUUGGAUCGGACGCAUCACCGAGCGACAAGCGAGCCCCAAGUGUUUCUACUCUGAUCUUCCUAGUCUAAUAUAAGAAUACUGUCGUUGGUGCUGAAGCUCGCCUCGGUGCGUUUUAAAGUAGGAUCAGCUUACGCUACGCCAAUAGGCUGCCUACGAUGGUGCAUUUUGUAACAAAUCUCGCACUGGCGUUUGCGCUGGUCGUAACAAUAAUUGGCAGUUCACCGGUGCGAGCGGACAGGCUGCUGGACGAGCUGCUCAACGAGUUCGACGACGACGAUGAGGCUCUGUUGCGGCAUAUGGAGGAGAAGCAUGUGAGUAACGAUCUGGUUCGAGAGAAUCAAUUGGCACGCGAACAGUCCGCGUGGUUUGCGGCAGAGGAAACGCGGUACGGGUCGCCUCCCGAGGACGAGGACGGCGAAGCACCAAAUCGUGUACCGCGCCUGACGGACCCGUGCAAGGGGGUCCGGUGUGGAGCGGGCCGUGUGUGCAGUGUCAGCGAAGCUGAUAGCCUGGCAGAGUGUAUCUGCAUACCGGAGUGCCCGACCGAAACCGAUCCGCGUCGAAAGGUGUGCACCAGUUUGAACGAGACCUGGGAUUCCGCCUGCGAAGUCCACCGCCAGCGGUGCCUGUGCAACACCCACGAUCAACAGUGCCGCAGCGAAGAGGUACGGCAUGUGCACAUCAACUACUACGGCUACUGUCGGCAGAUGCCCGAGUGCUCGGAUAGCGAUCUGGCCGACUUUCCGCGGCGGAUGCGCGACUGGCUGUUCAACGUAAUGCGUGAUCUGGCGUCGCGCAACGAGCUACCCGAACCGUACAUGGAGCUGGACCACGAGGCUAUGACGAACAUGACGAAGCGCUGGACGAACGCUGCAAUCUGGAAGUGGUGCGAUCUCGAUGGCCACCCGCACGAUAAUACUGUCUCUCGGCACGAGCUGUUCCCGAUUCGCGCACCACUGAUGGCCCUCGAACACUGCAUCUCGCCGUUCCUGGAAACCUGCGAUCCGAACCGCGACCAUCGCAUUUCACUGCAGGAAUGGGGCAAGUGCUUGGAGCUAGAGGAGGACGAUCUCACUGCUCGUUGUGCCGAGAUCACGAAGGACGAUGAGUUCGAGAAAAAUGAUAUCGAGGCUGGAGCAUAAGCAAGACGCCCAGCACUCGCUGCUAUAUUAAACCCUACCAUCUUUGCGAAAGUCGUUAAAAUAGCGCAUUCGAUAUGCAAUCUAUAUGGUACACUCGUACCCUUCAAAGCUUUUCCUGUCCUGCUCAAAACAGCUUGCGAAAUAAUUUAGCAGAACCACUGCAAAUGACCGUCUCGGGGGCCAUGCAGAGCUCUGACGCGCAAUCCUGAUAUACAAACGACCGCUAAUCCAUGCUACUCGACUAGCAUUAUUCCUGAUUUUUGCUAUAUAGAAACGGAUUGAUCCGUCGGUCGGAAACAAAACCAAGCAGGCAAAAACCUUAGUAAUAACUGAGAUGCUUGUAUUGAACGAAUACAUUUAAAUUUGAUGUGGAAUUCCCAAGGUUCAGGGAAACGUAAUAACAACAUGUAACAACGAUAGGUAAUACUAACUAUAAACCUUCGCGCCUUUGCACAAUAUACCAUGCGUCGGCGUAUGCAAAUGUAUAACCGAAAAUCGUGAAUAAAUUCAAAUAAAUGUAUGA